AUGGAAAAGGCGGAAUAUACGGUGGCCAACAAAUCAGAUGAUACGGUGGUUUGCUAUUCACCCACCAUGAUCACUACAAAUGGUGUAUGGCAAGGUGAUAACCCUUUGGAUUAUUCGCUUCCUCUCUUCAUCUUGCAGUUGACCCUGGUGGUUGUCACCACUCGCCUGCUCGUUUUCAUCCUCAAACCCCUACGCCAACCUCGAGUUGUUUCUGAGAUUCUCGGAGGAGUAUUAUUAGGUCCAUCUGUGUUAGGACGGAGCGUAAACUUUGCCAACACAUUGUUUCCUUUGAGGAGUGUGAUGGUGCUUGAAACAAUGGCGAAUAUCGGUCUUCUUUACUUCCUCUUCCUUGUUGGUGUAGAGAUGGACCUUUCGGUGAUUCGUCGAACGGGAAAGAAAGCUCUCGCCAUUGCCAUUUCUGGCAUGAUCCUACCCUUUGUAAUCGGCAUCUGUUUCUCUUUCAUUCUCCACGGCAACGAAGCCGAACCCCUUGCUCAUGCCACCUACGUUCUUUUCCUUGGAGUUGCUCUCUCAGUCACAGCAUUUCCAGUGCUUGCUCGUAUCCUUGCGGAGCUGAAACUUAUUAAUUCAGAAAUCGGCAAGUUGGCCAUGUCUUCUGCUCUUAUCAAUGACAUGUGUGCAUGGAUUCUUUUAGCUUUAGCCAUUGCCUUGGCAGAGAAUGAUUCUACUUCCUUAGCUUCCCUUUGGGUUGUUCUUUCUAGUGCUACUUUCGUUGCCAUUUGUAUUCUCGCUGUUAGGCCAGCCAUUUCAUGGAUGAUUCGAAGAACACCUGAAGGAGAAUCAUUCAACGAGUUUUACAUAUGUCUUAUCCUAACAGGGGUUAUGAUCUCAGGCUUCAUUACAGAUGCCAUUGGGACACAUUCUGUGUUUGGUGCCUUUGUGUUUGGUCUUAUCAUUCCCAAUGGACCACUUGGGGUUACUCUAAUAGAAAAGCUUGAGGACUUUGUUUCAGGGCUUUUGCUGCCUCUCUUCUUCGCCAUUAGCGGGCUCAAGACAGAUGUAGCUUCGAUCAGAGAAGGUCAAACAUGGGGGAUCUUGGCUGUUGUAAUCGUCCUUUCUUGUGCUGGAAAGAUAGCUGGAACUGUUCUUGUGACAACCUUUUACCAUAUGCCACUUAGUGAAGGGUUUACACUUGGGUUACUCAUGAACACCAAGGGCCUCAUUGAAAUGAUUGUUCUCAAUGUGGGCAAAGAUCAACAGGUCUUAGAUGAUGAGUCGUUUGCAAUCAUGGUCAUCAUAGCGGUGGUUAUGACUGGGAUCAUUUCGCCCAUUGUAGCAACCAUUUACAAGCCGGCAAGGAGGUUCGUACCAUACAAACGUAGAACGAUUCAAAGAUCAAAACCAGACGGUGAGCUACGAGUGCUGGUGUGUGUCCACGGCCCUCGUAAUGUCCCAACAAUAAUCAACUUACUAGAAGCCUCCAAUCCCACCAAGAAGUCUCCAAUAUGCGUGUACGUGCUCCAUCUCGUUGAACUCACUGGUCGUGCAUCUGCAAUGCUUAUUGUCCAUAACACCCGUGGAUCCGGUCGACCGGCUUUAAACCGAACACAAGCUCAAUCAGACCACAUAAUCCAUGCUUUCGAAAACUUCGAGCAAAAUUCGAGUUUCGUCUCCAUUCAGCCCCUCACAGCCAUUUCCCCUUACUCCUCCAUGCACGAAGAUAUUUGUGGGUUAGCCGAAGACAAACGUGUUGCCCUCAUAAUCAUCCCUUUCCACAAACAACAAACAGUAGAUGGAGGAAUGGAAGCAACGAACCCGGCCUUCCGAACAGUUAACCAAAAUUUACUCGCAAAUGCGCCUUGCUCGGUGGGAAUUCUAGUUGACAGAGGCCUAAGUGGUUCAACACGCUUGGCAGCAAACGAAGUGGCACACCAUGUAGCUGUGCUGUUCUUUGGGGGUCCAGAUGAUAGAGAAGCACUUGCAUACGGAUGGAGGAUGUGUGAAAAUACAGGAACAAGCCUCACCGUGCUGCGGUUUGUCGCGAGCGAUGAGUCACUCGCCUCUACAACAGAGUUGCCACCUCAUAUGCACGAUCAAGAUGAUCCAAGGAUUCUAACAGCAGAAACAGACGGCAUUCAGGAAAAACGGUUUGACGAAGAACACUUAAACGAGUUCAGGACGAAGAGUGAGGAGAACGAGUUAGUUGUAUAUGCAGAGCAAGUUGUGAACAAUGGGGAGGAAACAGUGGCUGUCAUUCGGUCAUUAGACAUCCAGCACGACUUGUUCAUCGUCGGGAGAGGACAGGGAAUGUCAUCACCGGUCACAACCGGACUUACUGACUGGAGCGAGUGUCCAGAGCUCGGUGCAAUUGGUGAUAUUCUAGCGUCAUCGGAUUUUGCAUCGACGGUGUCCGUGUUGGUGAUCCAACAGUAUGUUGGGUUAAUGCCCCAUGAAACCGCAGCAAUACCAGAUAGCCCACCUGGUCAACCAGAUGACAAGCUUGCCAACCGGUGGACACCACAAGCAAGUGGAACUGCGACGCCUGUUUUCUAA